AUGAAUUAUUCAACUGUUAAUAUACUUGAUCUAUCUGACGAGAUGGUGCUGACUAUUUUGAACAAACUCAAUAAUAUUGAUGUAUUAUAUUCAUUCAUAGGAGUCAAUCGAAAACUCGAUAGAUUGGCACGGGACAUUACUUUCACACAAUCUAUUGAUUUAGCAACAAUAUCAUCAAAUGAGCAUGAUGACUCUAGAAACGAGUCAAGACUCGAUCGAUUUUGUUUUGAUAUAAUACCUCGAAUUCAAGACAAUAUUGAAUGUCUUACUCUUGAUCCAUUGUCAACUGAUCGUGUUCUUUCCAUUGGAAGUUAUUCUAAACUUCAUAAACUAACACUUGUUAAUUUUCAACUUGAAAUGGCAUCCCGUAUAUUCAAUGAUGGAUCAUCAUUUAAUAUUUUCAAACAUAAAAUUUCACAUCUUACUAUUACAAUAAAUGAUGGCAGCACAGCUCAAUAUAUACGGAAAUCAUCCACAAAUGUUCUCACCAAUAUUUUGACAAUGUUUACAAAUUUAACUUAUCUUCAUUUCUGUUUAAAAGACAUUUGUCACUAUCCACCAACUUCAUUUAUUGAUUUAGUAUCUACAACAUGUUAUCCAUCAAAUAUUAUUCAUUUGAAUGUUAGAGUGCGCAAUUUUAACGAUUGUCUUUGUUUACUUGAUGGACGCCUUUAUCAAUUACAGACAUUUAUUGUCGAAGUUGAUAAGAUUAAUACAACAUCAAUGACUAUCAAUCAUUCGAGAAUCCUAUCUAAUCUAAAAUGUUUCUCGUUGACUUCAUAUCGUCGAACAUGCAACUAUGAUAAUCAAAUUGUACCAUUGCUUCGUCAAAUGUCACAAUUAGAAAAACUUACGUUAUCUCUUAUUGUUCGUGGUCGAAUUUCAUUCAUUGAUGGAAAUCAUCUAGUUAAUCAUAUCCUUAAUUUGGAGAUCGUAACAGGAUAUUUUACAAAUAAUGCUGCUCGUGCUAAUUGUUCAAAAUUAACGCGUAUUAUCUUUGAUUCACCACCAAUGAUAUAUUCAGAAAAUUUUCAUCUUUAUUUUCCUUUGUUGUAUUGUAAAUAA